UUGAUUGCGCCCUGUCCAAGGCGUCGGGGCAACACGUGGGUCAGUUGGAAGAGAAGUGCGCAGGAAACAUCUCCAAUGGCUCCUCAGUACGCACCAAGUCUGCGCUCCCGUCUGGCACCUUUGCUGCUUUUUCUGCAGAUAGGGUUCAUUGUCAUAUAUGCCUUUUACAUUGAGAUCGAAAGCAAUGAAAAAGUACAUGGGAUUACCUUCAGCGACUUUUACCCUGAGUUCCAGGAUGUGAACGUGAUGGUGAUUCUAGGUUUUGGUUUCUCCUACACAUUUCUAAUGCGGUAUAGUUUCAGUGGCUCUGGGUUCAACCUCCUUGUGGCUGUCAUGGCCACCCAAUGGGCUAUCAUACUCAAUGGAAUAGAGUCCUGGUAUCACAGAGGAAAGAUCCGGAUUGAUUUGAGAAGCUUAGUUGUUGCCGAGAUGUGCGCAGCCUCUGCCCUCAUUUCAAUAGGAGUCGUGCUGGGGAAGACCAACCCUGUCCACCUCAUCAUCAUCGCCCUGCUGGAGGUGUCAGGGUUUGUCCUGAAUGAAUGGCUCCUCCAGACUUUGCUGAAGGUCCAGCCUCUGAACAGCAUCAUGCUGCUUCACAUCUUUGGGGCCUUCUUUGGGCUCACGUUGACCUGGAUCCUGUACCGGAAAGGAUCCAAGCAGCAAUUUGAAAAAGAGAAAUUUAGCCGCAAAACAGGAUUAUUCUCCGUAUUGGGGACUGUGUUUCUCUGGAUGUUUUGGCCCAGUUUUAAUUCAAUCCUCGUGGAUAACCGUACUCCUGGCAGGAGGCUGGAGGCCGUGCUCAGCACCUACCUGGCCCUGGCUGUCAGUGCUGUAACAGCAACUGCUGUGUCUGUGCUCUCCAGCCCCAAGGGGAAAUUCAACCUGAUCCAAAUGCAGUCUUGCAUGCUUGCUGGUAGUGUUGCAGUUGGGGUUUCCAUGCCAGUGGUUCAUCAGCCAUGGGAAGCAAUGACAAUCGGAUUCACGGCUGCUGUUGUGUCCACCGUUGGAUUCCGAUAUCUCAAGACCCACAUGCUGUUUGCAUUUCAUUGCCACGACACCUGCGCUGUCCUGAGCACACACGGACUCCCUGGUCUACUGGGAUGGCUAGCACAUCUCCUCCUACAGAUUAGAGACUGUGAUGAUCACACAAAGGCAGUCCGCUUUGCUGUAUUUCACAUUUGUACUAUCCUCAUCACCAUCACUUCAAGUCUGUGCAUGGGACUCAUUACAGGACUCCUACUCAAGUGGAACUUCUGGAGGCCGCCUCAAGACAAGAAAUGUUUUGAUGAUCAGGCUUUCUGGGAGUUUCCCCAUCUUGCAGUACAAAAGUAAGAAGAUAAAGAAAGAAGUCUGAUCCUGGAAGUACAAACUAUUUUUGGUGUUCAUACUUUUGUGUUCUUGCUUUCAUGCAGAGUGGUUAAAUGUUUUUAUGUGUGCAAGACCAGGAUAAAAAAAGAAAAGUAGAAAAUGCA